UCUUUUCAUCGACGUGGUUGAGUCUACAAAACAUGCUUUCACAUAAAAGAAACACAUUCAAUGUAAAUUCAUUCUUUUAAUUAUCCAAAAGAAGCUCAUAAAGAAAAAAAAACGUAAAUAAUUAACAUAUUUUUCUUCAUCAGUUGUAUUUUAAUUUCCUCUUGAAAUAUUUUUAAAAACUUACACAAAACCAAAUCAAACAUGGUUUACCAGGAGACUCUGUCUAAAUCAUACGGCCACAGUAUGGGCAUAGAGCGUGUUCUUUUUGACGCCAUUUUCAACGGAAGGUUCCAGUACCUCAAGCGACUCCUCGACUCAGGCUUCAACCCCAAUGUGACAGAUGACAGCAAAACCAGCCUCCUCACACACGCUUGCUUGAUAGAGGACAGAACACAACGAAUCUCUUUAGUCAAACUCCUUCUGGAACAUGGCGCCAAUCCAGACAUUCCAGACAGGUACGAAAUGGACUCACUCAUGCAUGCCACACUGGCAGGACACAGUGACCUCAUACAGCCUCUCAUCCACCACUCGAGGGACGACAUCGACUUACGAAAGGUUUCCUCCGAAGGCUACCCUUUACUCUCCAUGGCCGUGAUCUCCGAAGACCUGUCUGCUGUUCAGAAGAUCUUCCAAUUGCACCGUCGGCUAGGAGUCCACGUUGAUGACGCCACAAACAAUGAAGGAGUGACUCCAUAUAUGGAAGCGAGAAGGAGGGAGUUCUUGGAAAUUGCGGAGUUCCUCGAAAUAGCAGGAAGAGCGUCACCUUUGCGGGUGGCAAUUGACGGGAAGUCAAUCGAAGAGAUGACGGAAGAAUUUCAAAAAAUGAGAAUUGAGAAAAUGGAUGCAAAAAUAAAGGAAAAGAGAAUGAUUAAUCCACCUAGAUACAGUGAGUUGUUUGGCCAUCCCAGGAGCAGUUACCAGGACUCACUGGACAAUCUGAGAUCCAGGAGCAAGUCAGUCUCUUUUCUCCAGUCCAGGGAGGACACGCGGGUGACUUUCAACAGUGAACACUUGGAAAUUCCAUCAAACUCAUCCAGGUUUGAUUCGGCCAGGCGAGACCAGAAACUCAACUUCGGCAGACUGAAGGUGUUUCGGAACCCACAAUUUGUUCACUCUUUUCAGCCCAAAAUGAAGCACCAAAAAGAAGAAGACAAGGGAAACUUAAUGAGGUUGAGUUUGCCAAUUGGAAAUGAGAGCGAGAUCAACCUCAGCGACAUAUUCGAACGUCAAUCAGACAGCACCAACGACCUCCUCAGACCUAAUUACGUCACAGAUCACGUGACUUUGGACUCACGUGAGCUUGCGAUGAUGAAGAAAGCGGACAAGAAACUUAAGCGACGCCAGCAGCGGAUGUUGUCGAAGAGCAACAAAGACUACGCUGGCUAUAAAGUUUCCAUUCCAGAAGAUAUUCAAAAAUUGUUCAGCAUGCAGAAGGAAAAAUCGUUCACGCUGCGAAGAGUGAGCGAAGCCAGAGGCGCUGCAGAUGUCGAACUGUAGUUACGACUCAAUUGAUCCAAAAGCAAAACUUGAAAAAGGCAAAAAUCACAUUUUAAUCAAAUUUUAUAUUUCUGUCUUAACUCUUUUUUGUGUGGAGUUUUUCA